AUGGGGGACCACUUUGAGAAGGGCCAGCAAGCUUUGCUCAAUGAAGGAGAAGAGAAUGAGAUGGAGAUAUUUGGCUACCGGACUCAGAGCUUCCGGAAAACCCUCUGCCUUGCUGGAUCUAUCUUCUCCUUUGGGAUCCUCCCCUUGGUGUUUUACUGGAGACCCGCUUGGCACGUGUGGGCAAAUUGCAUCCCGUGUUCCUUGCAAGAAGCAGACGUCGUGUUGCUGAGGACAACAGAUGAAUUCCAAACUUACUCUUGGAAAAAGGUAGUGUGGAUCUGCCUGUCAGCAUUGAACAGUGCAUUUCGGCUCAUUCCUGAUCACCCUCUCAUCACAGAUGAGGAAUAUAUCAUAAAUAGAGCCAUAAGAAAGCCAGACCUAAAGGUGAGAUGCAUAAAAGUCCAGAAAAUAAGAUAUGUUUGGAACAACUUAGAAGGACAGUUCCAGAAAAUUGGCUCUUUGGAAGACUGGCUCAGUUCUGCCAAGAUACAUGUAAAGUUUGGAUCAGGUCUAACAACAGAAGAACAAGAGAUUAGGAGGUUAAUAUGUGGGCCAAAUACUAUCGAUGUUGAAAUCACACCCAUCUGGAAACUGCUCAUCAAGGAGGUUUUAAAUCCAUUUUACAUAUUUCAGCUCUUCAGUGUCUGUCUGUGGUUUAGCGAAGACUAUAAGGAGUAUGCUUUUGCUAUCGUAAUCAUGUCGAUCAUUUCCAUCGCUUUGACCGUAUAUGAUCUGAGAGAGCAAUCUGUAAAGCUCCACCAUUUAGUUGAAUCACAUAAUAGCAUUACAGUCUCUGUAUGUGAGAAAAAGGCUGGAGUCCAGGAGCUGGAAUCACGCUUCCUGGUACCUGGAGAUCUAUUAAUUUUGACGGGGAACAAAGUGCAAAUGCCGUGUGAUGCCAUUCUGAUAGAUGGAAGCUGUGUGGUAGAUGAAGGCAUGCUGACAGGAGAAAGUAUUCCGGUCACUAAAACUCCAUUACCUAAGAUGGAUAGCUCUGUGCCCUGGAAAACACAGAGUGAAGCGGAUUACAAACGGCAUGUCCUCUUCUGUGGAACAGAGGUUAUCCAGGCCAGGGGGGCUUGCUCUGGCGCCGUGAAAGCAGUAGUCCUGCAGACAGGAUUCAACACUGCAAAGGGGGACCUCGUGAGAUCUAUUCUGUACCCGAAGCCGAUGAAUUUUAAGCUCUACAGGGAUGCCAUCAGGUUCCUCCUGUGCCUCGUAGGGACAGCCACCAUCGGGAUGAUCUAUACUUUGUGCGUCUAUGUGCUCAGUGGGGAACCUCCGGAGGAGGUGGUGAAGAAAGCCCUUGAUGUCAUCACAAUUGCGGUUCCUCCCGCUCUACCUGCUGCCCUGACCACAGGCAUUAUCUAUGCCCAGCGGAGGCUGAAGAAGAGAGGCAUCUUUUGUAUUAGCCCCCAGAGGAUUAAUGUAUGUGGACAAUUAAACCUUGUCUGCUUUGACAAGACAGGUACCUUAACAAGGGAUGGCUUGGAUCUCUGGGGAGUCGUGCCCUGUGAUAGGAGUGGCUUCCAGGAAGUCCACAGCUUUGCCUCGGGCAAGGUUCUGCCCUGGGGCCCACUGUAUGCAGCCAUGGCCAGCUGCCAUUCUCUGAUCCUCCUGGAUGGGACCAUCCAUGGAGACCCACUGGACCUCAAAAUGUUUGAAGCUACUACCUGGGAAAUGGUGGUUUCCGGGCAUGAUUUCCACAUCAAGGGAGCGCCAGCAUGCGCCAUGGUUGUUAAGCCCUGCAAAACAGCCAGCCAGGUCCCAGUGGAAGGAAUCGCAAUCCUGCAUCAGUUCCCAUUCUCAUCAGCGCUGCAGAGGAUGACAGUCAUUGUCCAAGAGAUGGGGGGUGACUGGCUGGCGUUCAUGAAAGGUGCACCAGAGAGGGUGGCCAGCUUUUGCCAACCUGAGACAGUACCAACUAGUUUUGUUAGUGAACUUCAGAUUUACACGACACAGGGCUUCCGGGUCAUAGGACUGGCCUACAAAAAGCUGGAAAUGGACCAUCAUACCACUGCCUUGAUGAGGGACCAGGUAGAAUCAGACCUGAUAUUUCUGGGAUUGCUGAUCUUGGAGAAUCGACUGAAGGAAGAGACAAAACCUGCCCUGGAAGAGCUCAUCUCAGCCCGGAUAAGGACUGUAAUGAUCACAGGUGACAAUCUUCAGACUGCAAUAACAGUGGCCAGAAAGUCUGGAAUGGUUUCUGAAAGCCAGAAAGUCAUUCUCAUUGAAGCAAAUGAAACUACUGAGUCCUCAUCAGCAUCUAUAUCUUGGCAGUUAGUCGAAGAGAAGAAACAUAUUGCUUAUAGGAAUCAGGACAAUUACAUUAACAUCAGGGAAGAAGUCUCUGAUAACAGCAGAGAGGGAAGUUACCAUUUUGCCCUAAGUGGAAAAUCCUUCCAGGUUAUAAGUCAGCAUUUCAGCAGCCUACUGCCAAAGAUAUUGAUCAAUGGGACCAUCUUUGCAAGAAUGUCUCCAGGGCAGAAAUCCAGUCUGGUGGAAGAAUUUCAGAAACUAGAUUACUUUGUAGGUAUGUGUGGUGAUGGAGCCAAUGACUGUGGGGCUUUGAAAAUGGCUCACGUGGGCAUCUCUUUAUCAGAGCAGGAGGCAUCUGUGGCCUCACCUUUCACUUCCAAAACUCCAAACAUUGAAUGUGUACCUCACCUUAUCAGGGAAGGACGUGCAGCUCUCGUUACCUCAUUUUGUAUGUUUAAGUACAUGGCUCUGUACAGCAUGAUUCAGUAUGUUGGUGUUCUGCUGCUCUACUGGGAGACAAACAGCCUUUCAAAUUACCAGUUUCUGUUCCAGGAUCUGGCCAUUACAACUCUUAUUGGUGUAACAAUGAAUUUGAAUGGUGCCUAUCCCAAGCUGGUGCCUUUCAGACCUGCAGGACGGCUGAUCUCCCCGCCUCUGCUGCUCUCUGUGAUUCUCAACAUUCUUCUCAGCCUGGCCAUGCACAUUGUGGGCUUCAUUCUGGUUCAGAGGCAGCCUUGGUAUUCCAUGGGGAUGCACAGUACCUGCACAGUGCAAAAUGAGACCAUCUCAAAGUUAACCAUUUCUCCAACUGCUCCAGAUAAGAUCGGAAGUAAUGGUGUCUUCACAAGUUUUGAGAACACUACUGUAUGGUUCUUGGGAACAAUCAACUGUAUCAUUGUGGCUCUUGUCUUCUCCAAAGGAAAACCAUUUAGGCAGCCCACAUACACAAACUAUAUAUUUGUCCUUGUGCUGAUCAUACAGCUGAGUGUGUGUCUAUUCAUUCUAUUUGCCGAUAUUCCAGAAUUAUAUAGGCAUCUGGAUCUGCUCUGCACUCCUGUCCUGUGGAGGGUCUACAUUGUCAUUAUGCUCGGCUCCAAUUUCAUCGUGUCCCUUGUCUUGGAGGAGGCCAUCAUUGAAAAUAGAGCCCUGUGGAUGAUAAUCAAAAGAUGUUUUGGCUAUCAAUCAAAAAGCCAGUAUCGGAUAUGGCAGAGGGCCUUGGCAAAUGACCCCAGUUGGCCCCCCAUAAACCAGACCUCCUACUCUGACAUGCCGGCGUGUGGCAGGGGAGUGUCUUAUAGCAACCCGGUGUUUGAGAGCAACGAGGAGCAACUUUGA